AUGAUGCAGAAAUUGGAAGUCGAAAAACUGCGAGCUACACUAGAACUGCAUGUCGCCAAGCAUUUGGAUAUACGAUGGGCUAUUCCAGCAAUGAAUUUGGAAGGAUUGGUACCUGUCGGAGCUCUGUUGUCUUCGGUAUCCCUGCUAAAGCAACUAGUUCUGCCAGCUAUCUCGCUAGAUAUCUCUGUCAACGGCACUCCUUACUUGAGCGAAGAUGAUAUUUCUGUGGGGAUCGGCGAAAUUGUGCUCAUAAAAGUUGCAGUGAUUUCAUCACUUGAAUACGAUUUUGAUGGCAUAAUAACUCUGGAAUGUUACCAAGAGAUAUCAAGCUAUUUUGGAACUGUGGAUAAAAGCGAAAACCUGCUAGUGAUAGGACAGCGGAAAAUUCCAUUCGUCGUGCCAAGAAGUGUCCCACAAGUGUCAAUUUCUUCGCCUCGGUGUGAGCUGUCGUUUCACGUGAUGUUUCGAGUGGAAGGGGUUCACAAAAUCCGGCCACAAAUCAUAAGCAGACGGGCCAACGAAUCGCUGUUCUCGGACGAAAUAUUCGUUUCACCGGUCGGCUUCAGUGUGUCUACUAAGGCACAUCAAUGA